AUGCAAGAAGUCCCAGAGCACCAAGGCAACAGCACAGAUAGUUCAGGAAGCAGUUUGGGAAGCACUGUCACAGCAUGUAAAAAGAUCCUCUGCAGUAAUAGCCUGCUAGAAUCAACAGACUACUGGCUACAGAAUCAGAGGACACCAUGCCAAAUUGGCUUUCUGGAAGACAAGUCAGAAAGCAACUGUGCCUCAGUUUGUUUUGUGAAUUUAGAUGCAAACAGAGAUGAUUGCAGUAAUGAACAAGUGAAACAGAAAUUGAUCAGCAUCUCUCCAAACCUCCCUAAACUCAUCAGUUCUAUGAAUGUACAACCACCAAAGGAAAACGAAAUAGUCCUGCUGAGCGGAUUAACAUCAGGAAAUCUUCAGGCUGAUUAUGAAGUUCCCCAGUGUCCUUGGCAAGCAGAUGUCUGCUUGGUUCAGUGUGCAAAGGGAGACAGGAAGAACAGUGCAAGCUGCAUCAUCUUCGAAAUAAACAAGUUUCUGAUUGGGCUUGAGCUUGUUCAGGAGAGACAGCUGCAGAUAGAAGCUCAUGUCUCAAAGCCUGAGGACGACACAAACUGCUCAGUGUCCUCAAUAGAAGAAGAUUUCCUCACAGCAUCUGAGCAUCUCGAGGAGGAAAACGAGGCUGAUGAAUAUAAAACUGCCCAUGAAAAAAUAAGUGUUUCAGAAGCAUCUUCUGAUGUCAGAAAAAAUAAAGGAAAAGGAUUUGAAAGUCUCCACUACAGAAAAGCCAGGUUGCCAUUAAUUCUUGAAGGGAAUUGCAUUAAUGAAGAUAAUACAGCUAGUAAAGUCUCUGAAGCCGUACAUAUUGUGGCAGAAGAUGGCACCUCACAACCUGAAGAUAAGCCAGAGCAGGACAUCCUGUGUCAAAAGGAAUUAGUGGGAAGAGCUACAUCAUCUCUCAGUACUGAGGAUUCCUGCUCAGUGAGUGUAUUAGAUGCAUCUUUAACCAAAAUGGCUAAAGAAGAGCUGGGGCCUCUUUAUGACUCUACAGCAAAACCCAACAGUAAGGCAGAGGUAGAGGAUUGUGCAGGUGUUAGGAAAAGCGACCCUCCCUUGCAAAACAAGCAAGCAGCUACAGGUCAGUAUGCUACAAAUUUAGCAGAAUCUGUUCUGCAAGAUGCAUUCAUUAGACUAUCACAGUCUCAACCCACUUUCAGUGAGGAGGCUGCAGUCAGCAUCUCCGUAGGAAGCUCCUGCAAGUCAAAAGAUGCAUCUGCUUCUCGAUCAUGGAAUGAACUUCCAAAGAUUGUCAUAGUGCAGAGUCCAGACAGCAGUGAGAAUGUGCCAGAGUGGCCAGGGUCUGCCUUCCCAAACCUGUGCCACUGGACUGAAACAGAAAGCUCUGAAGUUUCAGAUUACUUUGAAGACAACCAUUCAAACAGACACAGCCAGAGUGCACUGGAAAUGGCUCUGGCUUGUGCAGCAACUGUCAUUGGAACCAUUUCAAGUCCACAGGCAGCAGAAAAAUUCAGAAGGGAUCAAGAAGCUGCAGACUCUAAAAGCGAAACAGGUGAUAAUGAAGAUCUACACACAGAUUCUUCGCAGCUACUUGAAGACUGUACUAGCACAGAAUAUUCAUUUCCAUCUGCACUGUGUGGCAUGACUCAAGUAGCAAGUGCUGUAGCAGUCUGUGGUCUGGGAGAAACAAAGGAAGAGAAGUACCCUGCAACUUCAAGUGGGCUGCUGUCUGCAGCUCAGACUUCUGCAGCCAUUACUCUUCAUUGUAGCAUAGCUGUAGGAAGCAGCAUGGAAAAGCUGAAUGAUAGCAUUGCAGAGGCCCUUCUCAAAGAGGCAUCAAUAAUUUUGACAAAACCCAAUACAUACAAAAAUGUAGGGCAUUUUAUGGAAUCCAUAAAUGGAAGAAUUAUUGAAACAGCAGCAAGGCCACGGAUUCCACACUCCGAUGAAGUAAUCAGAGAUGAACUGGCACAAAAUUUAUCCAAUAUUAUUCUACGACAUUCUAUUGAAGAGGUCAGAAAGAAAAGAGAGCUACAGUCCCGUUCAGAAAACAGCUCAAGUACACAAGACAUUUUCAUGGAGACUGCCAAUGAGUUGCUUUUUAACGUGAUAUAUUUCACUUGCAAGAAGAUAAACGACAUAAGACAAGUUGAAGAGUGUUCUCCUCUCUUUUCUGAAGGCCUGAAAGGCAAGAAGGUAACCAGAGUAGAAGAAUGGCCAACACAGGCAACUGCAUGUGAAACAUCACACAGACCCCUUGAUCAUUCUGCUAUUAAGUCAUUUGGUACAUCCUACAAUGCUAGCAAAGACACUGAAAACGGUAUCAACGUGAAGAAAAUUAGCAUGAGAGAUGCAAAUAGCAAUGAAAGUGCCACCCUGAAUUCAGAGCUAACAAGUAAAGCUAUUGGGCAUAAUGCACUUGUUGCAAAAACAUCUCCCAAGAAAAGAUACCUGAAAAGAACCACACGAGACUGUUACAAGUCCCCAAAUCAGGGUAACAUUCAGAAGAAGAGAGACUACAGAUCAUUUUCAGACAGAGAAAGUACCUUUGCAAACAGUGAAUGCAGGCAUGGUGUUCAGGAACAACUGUCUUCCAGUGUCGCCAUGAAUGCAGAAAACCAGGCCAAACAUAAGUGUGAUGCUGUGCUAAGUGAUGAAGUCCAAGUUAGCUUGUCUUUGUUAGGAAACCACAUCUUACUUCCUUCUCAACCUGCACUACAAGUGAAAAAUUCAAGAGACAAAUACUGUAUAACAGAUUUUGCAGAAGAAUUGGCAGAAACAGUGGUCUCUAUGGCAACAGAAAUAGCUGCCAUUUGUCUUGAAAAUUCAAAUGGAAAGCAGCCCUGGUUCUGUGCAUGGAAGAGAGGCAAUGAAUAUCUGGUGACCCAGAGUAUAUCAUGCAGAACUAUGAAAAGGAAAAAGGAAACCCAUGCUAAUGGCUCAGUUGUUCGGAAGCAUAGGGCACCUCGGCUUAGUGAGAUCAAAAGAAAGACAGAUGAGCAUCCUGAGCUGAAGGAAAGGUUGAUGAAUCGAGUAGUAGAUGAAUCUAUAAACCUGGAGGACACACCAGAUUCUGUCAAUAUCUUUGCAAAUGAAGUGGCUGCAAAGAUCAUGAACCUCACUGAACUCUCUGUGGUUGACAGCAUCUGGCAAGGUCCAAACCAUCCCAGGAACAGGCUGCACUGUGAAAGAUGGAGCCGAGCCAAGGCGUCAAGCUGUGAGAGCAUACCAGAGGAGGAUACAGAUUCCAAAGCCUCUGUCAAUACUCUAGGCCUAAUGAACGCCUUUGGUCAGCCUGUGAGCCAGACAAGUUCCGUCUCAAAGCAAUCUAGUUGUGAAAGCAUUACAGAUGAGUUUUCAAGAUUUAUGGUGAACCAAAUGGAAAAUGAAGGAAGAGGCUUUGAUUUAUUACUAGAUUAUUAUGCAGGAAAAAAUGCAAACAACAUCUUGACUUCUGCUUUGCAACAGGUUGCUAAGAAAAACGGUCAUCUUAACGUACGACCAAGUUGCCCAUCUAAGCAGUCCAGCACAGAAAGCAUAACAGAAGAGUUUUACAGGUACAUGCUGAAAGAAAUAGAAAAGGAAAAUAAAGAUAAUGCAUCUUCCCCUCGGAAUUCAAAGGACUGGUGUGGCAGUUUGCUACCACCCUCCCUGCGAUCACCUUUUUGCUUUAGACAGUCCUCAGUGCCUGAUGGCAGAUCAUCAGGUUCUAGACUGACAGUUAACAUCCCAGUCAAAGCAAAUUCAUUAGAUGGAUUUGCCCAGCAUCACCAGGAUUCCUUAAGUGUACAGCCAGUCAGUACAGUGGCUUCUUCAGGUCUUUGCAAGUCUGACUCAUGCCUGUACCAAAGAUGCAAGACUGACCAGAUAACAGAUAUGUUGAUUCAUGAGACGUGGGCAAGCUCUAUUGAAUCUCUAAUGCGCAAAAACAAAAUCAUAACAGAUGAGGCAGAGGUUGCAGAGGCAGAUCAUUUUCACAGCGAUUCCCCACCACAUGUGCAACAGUAUGCGAACAGACUGGCUGCAAAUAUUGUUGAAAGUGGUAAAAAUUUAAUUGUUGUCCAGCAGGAUGCCUUUGAUUCUGCAAGCCAAGAACACAUGCUGGAAAGCAAACAUCCCCAGAGUGCAACUCGGAUUCAAGUAGAACCCAAAAGGGAUGAAAUAAAUUUGGAUGAGCAGAAGGAGCACGUGAAGAACCCUGAAUGCCUCCCUGCAGGUCAGCACAGGGAAGUGCCUUUAAUUCAAAUAGAAACUGAUCAACGAGAUGAGUCAGAUAAAGACUCUGAGUCCUUAACUCUACAUGAACUUUCUGAAAGGGAGCAUCAAGGCAAGGAAAAGCCUCCAGAAGCUUAUACUGGGAAGCACAUGGUUUCCAGUACCCUACUGAAUAGUUUAUGCACCUUGGUUAAACUGAAUGAGGAGCAUUACCUGAAGAUUGGCAGUAGGUUUUCCUGUAUUACCAUUAUUCCUUGCCACCCUACCAGCAAAAGCACUCAGAGCAAACCAGAUGCUGAAAUCACAGGAGAGACAAAAGCAGCUGAAGAAUUUCCAGUACACCUCAGCAGCAGUGAAGAAAGCACUGGCAGCUGGUCCCAGCUAGCCAAUGAUGAAGACAAUCCUGACGACACGAGUAGCUACUUACAACUCAGCGAACGAUCUCUGAGUGACUUAGCAGAAGAAAAGGUUUUCCUUAAAGAACAGACAGAUAAUACAGAGGAAAGUACUUCUGGGCUCUCAGUGGGAACAGCUAAUUAUCAGAAAGAACUCCUGGUGAUUAAUUUUGACCUGGAACCAGAAUGCCCCAACGCAGAGCUGCGAGCCACCCUACAGUGGAUAGCUGCUUCUGAACUUGGAAUCCCAACCAUCUAUUUUAAAAAAUCUCAGGAAAACAGAAUUGAAAAGUUUUUAGAUGUUGUGCAGCUAGUUCAACGGAAGUCCUGGAAAGUGGGAGACAUCUUUCAUGCUGUGGUGCAGUACUGCAAGCUCAGUGAGGAGAGCAAAGAGAAGACACCAAGCCUGUUCGAUUGGCUCCUUGAACUGGGUUAGGAACAAUUGCCUGUUCCACUUCUUUGUUUUAAUCCAGCUUAAGUAAGCAGUGGUUCGUGUAACACUGAUUUCCAAACAUCACCAAAUAAAAUGAGCAAAGAUAUAUAAACUACAGAAACAGCACCUGUCUGUUCCACAACUGCACUGAGCAGAGUUGAAACCAAGGUGUAUUUUAUCCUUCUGUAUCCUGAGGGAUGCUUGACAUAUUGUGCUGUAGGAUGUACUGUGCUAGAAAAAGAUGGAUUUAUUAGCUUUCUGAAUUAAUGGACUUAAUUUACUUAACGAAUUAAGUAAAACUUAAUUGAAUUUCUAAUACAUUCCAUUUUCAUCAAUUUGAUUAAAUCAAUCAGCUGAAACAGGAUGGUAUACUAACAUUCAUUUUUAAAACAAUACUAAUGUUUGUACAGUUUUAACUUUUAGAACCUGAGUGUGUUCCAGGAUGCACAGAGAAAACCAUGCCCUUCAAUAAAUAAAACAUUUUAAAAGAAGUCUCCACAGUCCUCUGAGAGGUAAAAACUUGUGAACUCAUCAGAUCUUUGAAGUCAAAAAACAGAACAAGAAGCUGCUGAAAACACAUUUCACUUUCUUUCCAUGUGAUCAUUUCAGCCCUAUAGCUGGUUCCCAUUCCUGUCUUUUCCUUAAGGGAGUACAAAUCUCAAUCAGUACCCUUAAAAAGCCUCCUUUCUUUACACUCGCAGGCAGUGCAGUUCAGUACAGCUGUGCUUGGUAUGUCCCCAAGUACAGCUCUGCGAGUCAGGGUAGUGGGUUCCUAAAGCCCUGUCCCCACCAGGUGACCUCGGGCGAAUCACAUCACCUCUGUGCCUCAGUGUCCCUGUCCAGUAAGAGGGAGCGAUGAUACGGAAUGUGUUAUGUGAAGUGUUUCUGUUUAAAGCACUAAGUAACGUGCUGUGUGUCGGUUAGAAUACUGAAAAGAAAUACUAAGUUUAAUCAAGUAAAUUGUUAAUAAGGUGAAGAAAGACAUCUAAAAAGAGUGCUGUCUUGAAAUAAAAAUCUUCAUUUUUGUAAUUUUCAAAAAGUCAAAACAAUUGCUACAAUUUCAGCACAUGCCUGUUCAUUUUGGAUAUGUGUUGGACUGUGUAUGAUAGUCCACAUUAUGAUGACAUUUAUAUAACUGUUUGGUAAGAUAUCCUAUGGUAUCUUCUCACUGAGAUGAUGUUAGGUAUCACGCACUCAGUGAUACUCUCUUGACUCUGCCAAAGAGAUUGGCUUUGAAUUUAAAGGUAAACAUAACUUAUCGCAUCAAAGCUCUUCUGUGAUUUGUUUCUUUGAAAAUCUUUAUAUUUUGCUUCUCCCUUCUUAAAUAGCAUAAUAGAAAGCCUGCCUGCCUUUCCAAAUCAAAUAUUUAAGAGAGAUUUUAUUUUCCAUAUAAUAGUAUAUGCUUCUAUAAUAUUUUUGGGAGGUGGGGUGAAAAGAAGAAAACUAUCCUUUUGCACUAAAUAUUUUUGAAGAUUUUGAAGUAGUUUUAAGUAAUUUAUGAAAAAAGAGCCAUAUUAUUCUCAAUUUUAUCUUUAAAACCAUUGCUAAAUUUGCAUGAUUUCAUCACUCAUUUGUUAAGAAAUACAGACUGUCGGUGAAACCUAUUACAGAACAUUAAAUAACAUCUACAUCUCUGCAAUAUAUGAAGUCAGUGGAGGUCUCUUUACUGUCAAGAUAAAGGUCAGUUUGUUGCAUCUACUCAACCUAACUGCACUACUGGAGCCCAUUCCUAGAAACUGCUGAAUAUCCACAGCUCAUGCUAACACGAGUGGUAACAGUGAAUGCUCAGCAUUUCCAAGGCUGAAAGUUAGUAAAAAGCACUGGGCAUUGUAAAGUGCUUUGAUAGAGCCAAUAAAUGGGAAAGUGUAUUUAUUUUUAAGCAGAUACAGUUAGUUGUCAGUAUAUAAAUUUUUGCUGUGGUAGAAUAAAUGUUUACUUAUCCUACAAAGCACAAAUAUCAUGACUGAGUUGUGUGAUGCAGUUUUCUCUGUACAGUAGUUCUCAAUGUUGCAAUUUGUUCGGAAAUAAAUUUAUGUUCUAACA